CUCUCCGGGUGCGUGUCGGAGGGAUGCCCGGGUUCCCCGUCGCCACGGGGCCCGGGCCCGGGCCGAGGCGGGCCCGGAGUCGGGCCUCGGCUCAGUGCCGCCGCCCAGAGCCCGCGCUGCUCGCGGUGCGCCGGGGCGGACUCUCGGACUGACCGGCGCUCGGCGGGGCUCCCUGGCCGCCCUCCCGCCCGCCACCGCCGCCGCCCGGCCCCUCGCGCUCAUUGGUCGGGAUGUGUCUGCUCAGCAGCCUCCAACUUCUCCCGAAUCCCACUGAUUUUAGGUGAUGGGCAGAUCAGAAAGUCAGAUGGAUAUCACUGAUAUCAACACUCCAAAGCCAAAGAAGAAACCACGAUGGACCCCCUUGGAGAUCAGCCUCUCGGUUCUUGUCCUGCUCCUGACUGUCAUAGCUGUGACAAUGAUUGCCCUCUAUGCAACCUAUGAUGAUGGCAUUUGCAAGUCAUCAGACUGUAUAAAAUCAGCUGCUCGACUGAUUCAGAACAUGGAUUCCAGUGCUGAACCCUGUACAGACUUCUUCAAAUACGCCUGUGGAGGGUGGUUGAAACGCAACGUCAUUCCUGAGACCAGCUCCCGUUACAGUAACUUUGACAUUUUAAGAGAUGAACUAGAAGUUGUUUUGAAAGAUGUCCUUCAGGAACCCAAAACUGAAGAUAUAGUAGCAGUGCAGAAAGCAAAAACAUUGUACAGGUCUUGUAUAAAUGAAUCUGCUGUUGAUAGCAGAGGCGGGGAACCUUUACUCAAACUAUUAACAGAUAUAUAUGGGUGGCCAGUAGCAACAGGAAACUGGGAGCAAACAUAUGGUACUUCUUGGACAGCUGAGAAAUCUAUUGCACAAUUGAACUCUAAAUAUGGGAAAAAAGUCCUUAUUAAUUUUUUUGUUGGCACUGAUGAUAAGAACUCUAUGAACCAUAUAAUUCAUAUUGAUCAACCACGACUUGGCCUCCCUUCCAGAGAUUACUAUGAAUGCACUGGUGUAUAUAAAGAGGCUUGUACAGCAUAUGUGGAUUUUAUGAUUUCUGUGGCUAAAUUGAUUCGUCAGGAAGAAGGACUGCCCAUCGAUGAAAAUCAGAUUUCUUUGGAAAUGAAUAAAGUUAUGGAAUUGGAAAAAGAAAUUGCCAAUGCUACAGCUAAACCUGAAGAUCGAAAUGAUCCAAUGCUUCUUUAUAACAAAGUGACAUUGGCCCAGAUCCAAAAUAACUUCUCAUUAGAGAUCGAUGGGCAGCCAUUCAGUUGGUCAAAUUUUACAAAUGAAAUCAUGUCAACUGUGAAUAUUACUAUUCCAAAUGAGGAAGAUGUGGUUGUUUAUGCUCCAGAGUAUUUAACCAAACUUAAGCUCAUUCUUACCAAAUAUACUGCCAGAGACCUUCAAAAUUUAAUGUCCUGGCGGUUCAUAAUGGAUCUUGUAAGCAGCCUCAGCCGAAGCUACAAGGAGUCCAGAAAUGCUUUCCGCAAGGCCCUUUAUGGCACAACAUCAGAAAUAGCAACUUGGAGACGUUGUGCAAACUAUGUCAAUGGCAAUAUGGAAAACGCUGUGGGAAGGCUUUAUGUGGAAGCAGCAUUUGCUGGCGAGAGUAAACAUGUGGUUGAGGAUUUGAUUACACAGAUCCGGGAAGUUUUUAUUCAGACUUUAGAUGACCUUACUUGGAUGGAUGCUGAAACAAAAAAGAAAGCUGAAGAAAAGGCCUUAGCAAUUAAAGAAAGGAUCGGCUAUCCUGAUGACAUUAUUACAAAUGAUAACAAACUGAAUAAUGAAUACCUUGAGUUGAACUACAAGGAAGAAGAGUACUUUGAGAACAUAAUUCAAAAUUUGAAGUUCAGCCAAAGUAAACAACUAAAGAAGCUCCGAGAAAAGGUGGACAAGGAAGAGUGGAUAAGUGGAGCAGCAGUGGUCAAUGCAUUUUAUUCUUCAGGCAGGAAUCAAAUAGUGUUCCCAGCUGGCAUUCUGCAGCCCCCAUUCUUCAGUGCCCAGCAGUCUAACUCAUUGAACUAUGGAGGCAUUGGCAUGGUCAUAGGGCACGAAAUCACCCAUGGCUUCGAUGACAAUGGUAGAAAUUUUAACAAGGAUGGAGACCUCGUUGAUUGGUGGACUCAGCAAUCUGCAAAUAAUUUUAAAGACCAAUCCCAGUGCAUGGUUUACCAGUAUGGAAACUUUUCUUGGGACCUAGCAGGUGGACAGCACCUCAAUGGAAUUAGUACACUGGGAGAAAACAUUGCCGACAAUGGAGGUAUUGGACAAGCAUACAGAGCCUACCAAAAUUACAUUAAAAAGAAUGGUGAAGAAAAAUUACUUCCUGGACUUGACCUAAACCACAAACAGCUGUUCUUCUUGAACUUUGCUCAGGUGUGGUGUGGGACCUACAGGCCAGAAUAUGCUGUCAACUCCAUUAAAACUGAUGUGCACAGUCCAGGCAAUUUCAGGAUAAUUGGGACUUUGCAGAAUUCUCCUGAGUUUUCAGAAGCCUUUCAUUGCCUCAAGAAUUCAUACAUGAAUCCAGAAAAGAAAUGUCGGGUUUGGUGAUCCUCAGAAGAAGCAGCACACAGUUGCUAACACCACAGAGAUGGGGAACUCUAUCUGAGAGAAAAUGGGCCAUGGAUAUCAUUGUAAUUACUUACGGGUAAUUAACAGAAAAGAGAGACCCUCGAAAAUAACUGCUUCGGGAUAAUGAAAGCAAAGUUGGGUAAUUGUGGACAGGGUGCAGAGUGAGGAGGAGGUCUCAUGUCUGUCAAAUCAAUCACUUCUUGCUGCGUAAAUAAUGCUUAGUUUCUAAAGAUGAUAUUACUGUUCAUUUCUGUUUUUUACAUGGGCUGUCCUUUUGAUAUUGUCCCUUGGAAUCAGUGUUAACCAGUUGCUGAUAUAGACUGGGAUUUCUAGUCAAAGGGAGAAAGAAGAUAUUGAAGAAUACAUUUGGGGCACCAAAAGCACAGCAGUGAUGUGAUAGUUAAAAAUACAUUGCCUAUGUAUUUGCUUUUUACUUUUAUUUGCAACUCUUAUUCUCGUUCAAAACACUUCCAAAGAAUCCUUAUCCAUAUUGGGGUCUUGGGGCUUAUACAGUUUUAAAAUAAUUUUUCCGGUUAUCAUUUAUACAUUCUGAGAUAAUUUUGUUUUAACACUCUUAGGGCAAAAAUGAAUGUCUAAUACUGUCUUUGUUGUACCUGCUUUGACUGAGGAGAUUCUUGGGGGCCCCUGCAAUUUUCUAAGCAAUUUCUUGCUCUUUCAAAACUGGUCUUUUUAAGAGAUUUGUAGUAAUGUAUAAAUAAUAAUUUUUAUAUUUAAUUAUUAACUACAUGUAUGACUAAGUAACUGUUAUUAUAGAUACUCAUUGAAUAUUAAAGUUUUGUUAGGGUUCUUUAUUCUGAGAUAAACAGUUUUAAGCCAAGAUGUAUAAAGUGAUGUACAGAUGAAGAACUGAGAUUUUUUAAACUUAAAAAUCAUAUUGAUGAAAAGCUUUAUGCACAAACUGGGGGUAAAUAUUACCAUUGGAUGGUUGUCUAGAGAUAUAAUACUUCUGGUUUAUAAGCAGGAUUUUCAAAAUUAAGUCUGUCCUUGAGAGUAGCUACUAUAAAAGGGCAAAACUGCAUCUAUGUAGUGCCAUGGCUCCUUAUCAUUUCAGGUUUAUCAUCUGAUGAAAAUAUUUUGAUAAUAAAUUGAAAUUGUGAGUCCAUGACAGCUUCCCAGCUUUGGAAAGUGCAUUUCUGUAUAAAAAUGGGAGGCUUCGGCUCCUCUGAUGGAGUUCUGGAAAGGAAAUGUCUAGUCCCUUUUGGCAAUUCUUCUCUUGAGGCUUUUAUGCUCCUUUCUUUUCCUAUCCUAUUGGCUAGUUUAGUUUAUUUCAUUACUUAAGAUUUUACAAAAAAAGGCACACCUCCAAAAUCCUUAUUUUCCCUGAUAAAAGACGGAAGUGAGAGAAUUUCUAUCCAAAAUACGGGUAUUGGUUUUCAUGUCUCUUGAAAAUUGCUCACUUACCUUUUUAAAAGAAGCUAUUGGAAAAAAUAUACAAAAAUUGCAUAAAGCUUAUGCAUUCAGCUCAGUUUUCUCCAGCAGAGCACAGCCUUGUAAUCAGCACCUGUAAGAAACAGAAUAUUGCUAGCACCCUAGAAACCCUAGAAGUCCCCUUUGUCCCCUUCCUGUCACUUUUCCCCUCCAAGAACAACUACUACCCUGACUUCUUAUGCCAUACAUUAGUUUUGCCUGUUUUCAUCCUUUAUAUAAAUGAAAUCAAUCAGUAAAUA